AUGGCCGAGCAAGUCGAGAAGUCCUUCCAGAAGCAGCCGCUGUUCCACAACAGCAAGGUCGCCACCACCUCGCGCAAGGUCGCCGGCAAGGACCGCAGGUGGACCAAGGAGGUCGGCCUCGGCUUCAAGACCCCCCGUGAGGCGAUCGAGGGCACCUACAUCGACAAGAAGUGCCCGUUCACCGGCCUCGUCUCGAUCCGCGGCCGCAUCCUCACCGGCAAGGUCGUCUCGACCAAGAUGACCCGCACCAUCGUCAUCCGUCGCGAGUACCUCCACUUCGUCCCGAAGUACUCUCGCUACGAGAAGCGCCACAAGAACAUGAGUGUUCACUGCUCGCCGGCGUUCCGCGUCGAGGUCGGGGACUCGGUCACCGUUGGCCAGUGCCGCCCUCUGUCGAAGACCGUCCGCUUCAACGUCCUCCGCGUCCAGAAGCAGAAGGUCAAGGCGUUCUCGCGCUUCUAA